AUGCCAGCCUUCUACAAUGCCUGCAUCAGCCCGUCCACCUUCUCCCUCACGGGCAUCCCUCAGCUGGAAGCCGCCCAUGUCUGGAUCUCCAUCCCUUUCUGCUCCAUGUACGUCAUGGCCGUGGUGGGCAACUGCACCAUCCUCUUCAUCAUCCGGGCCGAGCCCAACCUCCACGAGCCCAUGUACCUCUUCCUCUCCAUGUUGGCCGUCAUCGACUUGGUCCUCUCCUCUUCCACCAUGCCCAAGCUGCUCAGCAUCUUCUGGUUGGACAACAAAGACAUUGCCUUCCACUCCUGCCUCCUCCAGAUGUUUGUCAUCCACUCUUUUGCCACCAUUGAAUCUGGGAUCUUCCUGGCGAUGGCCUUUGACCGCUACGUGGCCAUAUGCACCCCCUUGAGGCAUAGGACCAUCCUGACCGACUCGGUGGUGGCCAAGAUCGGGCUGGCCGCUGCUCUGCGGGGCUUCCUCUACAUUGCUCCACUGCCUCUUCUCGCUCAUCGAUACACCUACUACCACACCAACAUCAUUGCACACUCCUACUGUGAGCACAUGGCUGUGGUGAUGCUCUCCUGCGAGGACACCUCCAUCAGCAACAUCUACGGCAUGGCCAUUGGCUUCCUGGUACUCAUUGUUGACUCCCUGUGCAUUGGGGUGUCCUAUGUCCUCAUCUUCCGGGCAGUGAUGAGCUUAUCCACCACGGAGGCCCGCCUUAAGACCUUCAGCACUUGCACCUCGCAUAUCACCGCCAUCUUGGCCUUUUACAUCCCCAUAGCAGUUUCAUCUUUGACUCACCGGUUUGGGCACAAUGUGGCUCCCCCAACUCACAUCCUCCUGGCCAACUUCUAUCUCAUCUUCCCUCCCGUCUUGAACCCUAUCGUGUACGCCGCCCGGACAAAAGAGAUCCAAAGAAAAUUGGCUAAGAUGAUGUCUUGGUCCCGGAGACGAGCUAAAGGCCUGAUGUGA